AGGAUAAAUAGCAGUAAUAGGCAGAUAUUUAAGAACUUCAUAAGAAUAGUCUGAAGAGGUCAAUAAACCUACUAGAAGAUAUAUCAAGAGGUGUCAAGAAGAAUGUUGUACGAUGAUGUGUUAGUGUUACUGGGAGAGUUUGGACGACAUCAGAAAUUGAUGGUCAUCUUUACAGCAUUGUGUUCUUUUACCUCAGGUCCAUCACAGCUGAGUUCUGUUUUUACAUUGAACAUUCCUAAACACAGAUGUGCUCUUCCAGGUUAUGAUAAUGAUACAUAUCAAAUACAAGAUGAUUACCAUAGUUACCUUAUUAACCAAUCCAUUCCCUCACAUUCUAGCUGUAUGUUACGUAAUCAAUCUAUAGACCAGAAUGGGAAUUUGACUUCACGAGAAUAUAAAUGCCAAUCUUGGGUUUAUGAUAAAUCUGAAUUCUUUUCUUCAUUUGUUACAGAGUUUGAUCUUGUAUGUGACAGAGCAGUGUAUAAGACCAAUGCUGUUAUGGUGUUAUUUCUUGGUUUGUUGGUUGGUUACUCUACAUUAAGUACUGCAGCUGAUAUGUUUGGUAGAAAACCUUUACUGGUAGUGUGUAACAUUGCCUUUGUGGCGUGUCAUUAUUUAAUGAUAUGGUCUCCAAAUUAUAUAUUUUUGAUGUUUAUUAGAUUUCUACUUGGUUUAAGUAUGUCUGGCCAAGUUCUAGCACUAUAUAUCAUAGGUCUGGAGUUUGUUGCACCCAAUCAAAGAAUAUACGCUGGUGUAGCAUCAUUUUAUACAUGGUGUAUGGGUUCUAUGAUUUAUAUUGGUAUGGCAUAUUUUAUUCGCAACUGGAGAACAUUACAGAUUGUAGUGGCGGUUUACGUUACACCUGUUCUCUUCUUUUUCUUGAUUGUACCAGAAAGUCCACGAUGGUUAUUGACCAGGGGAUAUAACAGUAAAGCCAGCAAAAUAAUCCUAAAAUCAGCCAGAAUCAAUAAUAUAGAAUUCGAUAAAGAAUUGAUUGAAGGCAUAAAGGUUCAGGAUAAAGUUACAAAAUUCAAAUUUUGGAGAAUGUUUACAAAUUACAGAUUGUGUAUCAGAACACUUAUUAUCUAUUUUACGUGGUUUGCUUCCAGUAUGACAUAUUAUGGAAUAUUGUUAAAUAUGAGUAUAUUAUCAGGAAAUAUAUACCUCAAUUAUGUCAUUUCAACGGCAUUGGAAAUAAUAACAUAUACCGUAGUAAUGUUGUCAACAGAUAAAAUUGGUAGAAAAAUGAUGCUGUGUAUAAGUUUGAUAGUAUCUGCUAUUUCGUUAACGUCUUGUAUAUUCACAUUAUUGUACGCUCCUUCAGACUUCGAUUGGUUAACAACUGUAUUCGCUAUCAUUGGGAAAUUUGGUGCCACUACAGCUUUCUGUAUCCUCUGGUUUUGGACUGGUGAAUUAUUUCCAACAGAACUUAGAAAUACCGGGACUGGAACAAGUUCAGCUAUGGCGAGGAUUGGAUCAGUUGUCGCCCCUUACAUUGGAUACAUGACUGUCAGUAUUUCGGGAGCAUUUGGUCGAAUAUCACCAUUUGUUGUGUUUAGUAUUAUUUGUAUAUUGGCUCUAACAUUAUCAACUAUAUUUUUACCAGAAACAUCCCAUCUUACAUUACCAGAAACAAUUGAUGACUGUAUUCAACUGGGUCAUGGGUUUGGGAAACCAAGGAAAUUGAAACAAGUAGAAGAAGAGAUCAAAAUGUUGAAAAGUGAAACUAAAAUGUAAAGCAAAUUCUUUGUUAUAGGUCUACAUGACGUAUCGAAUAAUUUUGCAAAACAAGCCAAAGGUAAACAUCGAGCAUAAAACCUUGACAUUUCUUAUACUAUUCUCAAUGUCUUGUAAAUAAAAACUUAUGACAG